AUGCGCGCCAAGCAUGAAUGGUCGUGCUCCCAUCCCAGCAGCGGUAUGCAGCUAGCACUGCCCCGGCCUAUCACACCCGCAGACGAGCGCCUGCCAUUCACCAAGUCUCUUGCGACGGCCCUCGAGCCAGCAGCACAGCGGUUGGACGUGAGCCCGGCUCAUCAGCUCAUGGGCGACACGCUGCGGUUGCCUGCAAGCGCUGGGCCUGUUGCGCAGCGCUCCACCGUGGUGAACUGCUCGGGCGCGGGGCUGCCCACACGCGCCAGCGCCUGCUCAAUUCGACGUCUGCUCGACCCUCGCCGCGCGGGCUGGGUGGACGUGAACUCGACCAUCAGCGACCCUCGACGAGUAUUCGCGCAAUCCCCACAGACAGACGGAUGUACCAAUAAUGGCCACAGCGUCGCUGGCCGCAUAGCAGCAUGCAUCGCCUGCUUUCCGCCUAUGCCGGGCUGCCUUUCGUGCUCUUGUCGAGCGAGGACAGACCUGAUGGCUGCGUCCAGGGCCGCCUUUCUCGCGCUCCUCCGAUCACAGAGGAGCCACCACGGUACCGACAGUGUGGUUGCUAGCGUAGAGGCCCACCACCUCUCUUUUCAUUCGCUCAUUGCCGUGCUAGUCGUCACAAACCGGGCCGUAUCAAGCUCGGUCCGACGGGCGAGAUGGUUCGAACAGCUGCUUGUCGCACCUAAUGUGUAUUCUGCACAGCGCGCAGUCGUUGUCGGCAUCGACCCAUCCGGCACUGACAACACGGCGCCUGCCCAUCAGGCGCACGCCAGGGGGUAG